UUAGAAGAAAUGCUGUUUGAACAUUACAGUUCAGGGGACGAUCACAAUCAUUUGGCAAAUAAGGAAAACAUCGAAAAUUCGGAUUUUUCAACUUCUCACGUGAGCUGUCAACAAUCCGACGAAGACGAAAUCUCCAACUUUUAUUGCACCAAUCAUGAGAGUAGUGCAGCCAUACAAAGUUUUUCUUGUACCAGACCUGAAGGAACUAAUCAUCAAGAAGUGGAAGAAACACAACGUACAACUGAUCAACUUCAUUAUAUUUUAAACGAUGGUCAAUCCAA